GCGUUCAUCCGCACGAUCAGCUGAUAGCGCGACCGGCGAAUUCUGUCUUCGGUGACAUUUCUUCUCCGCCGAGGCGUACUAUCCGGUGAGACAGUUUCUAAAGCUCACAGCCCUCGGGAGGAACCGUGAUUGAACUCGUGAACUCCCAGAUCGGUACAACAUGGCAGCGACGCUCGUGUCCAGCAACAAAAUCUUCGGCGGCUUCCAGAAAGUUUUCAAGCAUGCCUCUUCUACCCUGGGCUCAGAGGCGAAAUUCGCUAUAUUCCUCCCAAAAUGCGACGGCAAGGUACCUCUCAUCUAUUGGCUUUCCGGUCUGACGUGUACCGAGCAGAACUUCAUCACGAAAUCCGGAGCCCAGGCCCACGCUCAGAAGUAUGGAGUCGCCAUCGUCUGUCCCGACACAAGCCCCCGGAAUUGCAAUGUUCCCGGCGAAGACGACAGCUACGACCUAGGAACCGGCGCCGGUUUCUACGUGGAUGCCACCCAGGAGCCAUGGGCUAAAAACUACAAAAUGUAUUCCUACGUGACGAAAGAACUCCCACAGGUCAUCGAAGCGAAUUUCUCGGAAGUCGUCGACACGAGCCGUUGCAGCAUCAUGGGACACUCCAUGGGAGGACACGGCGCCUUGAUUUGCUCUCUGAAAAACCCUGGCAAAUACAGGGCCGUCAGUGCUUUCGCUCCCCUCUGCAACCCGACCGAGUGCGGCUGGGGGCAGAAAGCGUUCACUGCUUACUUGGGUGCCGACCGGAAAGCAUGGAGCGAGUAUGACGCGACGGACCUCGCGAAAACCUAUGCGGGACCACCGAUUUCCGCGUUGAUCGACGUUGGGCUCAACGACGAGUUCCUGAACGAUUUGCUCCCGGACAAUCUACACAGAGUGACUAACGACAAAGUCAAGGUCAACUUGAGGAAACAUGAGGGAUACGACCACAGCUACUAUUUCAUCGCGACCUUCAUCGAAGAACACAUCCGAAUGCACAGCGAAGCGCUCAAGUGAAUCGCCCAGACUCAGCACCCUCGGGCCCCUUUCGUGGAAAAUAUGCGGCUCAAUCGGAAGCUGUGACAGUUAAAAACUUCUGCGAUAAAGAACUUAUGUU